GGCAGCAGCGCCGGCGGUGGUGGCGGCGGUGGCACGCGCUGGGGGCGGGCGUGCCGUUUCGCGUGGAGGCUCGGGUGGCUGGCCUGGGGAGAGUGCGGCUGCCGGAAGAUAACCCAGCCGCGGUCCCCAAAGCCUGCAGUUCAAGGCCACCUUCCUGCCUCUCCUGUGUACCCCCUGACCUGCACCUUAGCUGGAGCUCACCAUGGGGAACCACUUGACUGAGAUGGCUCCCACUGCCUCCUCUUUCUUGCCCCACUUCCAGGCCCUGCAUGUCGUGGUCGUUGGGCUGGACUCUGCUGGAAAGACCUCGCUCCUUUACCGCCUCAAGUUCAAGGAGUUUGUCCAGAGCGUACCCACCAAAGGCUUCAACACAGAGAAGAUCCGGGUGCCCCUGGGAGGGUCCCGUGGCAUCACCUUCCAAGUGUGGGAUGUCGGGGGGCAAGAGAAGCUGCGACCACUGUGGCGCUCCUACACACGUCGGACAGACGGGCUGGUGUUUGUGGUGGAUGCUGCCGAGGCUGAGCGCCUGGAGGAGGCCAAGGUGGAGCUACACCGAAUCAGCCGGGCUUCGGACAACCAGGGCGUGCCUGUGCUCGUGCUGGCCAAUAAGCAGGAUCAGCCUGGGGCACUGAGCGCUGCAGAGGUUGAGAAGAGGCUCUCGGUUCGAGAGCUUGCAGCCGCCACGCUCACCCAUGUGCAGGGCUGCAGUGCUGUGGACGGGCUGGGCCUGCAGCCGGGCCUGGAGCGCCUGUACGAGAUGAUCCUCAAGAGGAAGAAGGCAGCCCGGGUAGGCAAGAAGAGACGGUGACCCGAGGCUGUCCCCUUCUCACCAGUAGGGGUCUGUACACCUGGACAGCCAGGCGGAGCCUGUGGCCCCUCCCUCAGCUCUGGGGUGCAGGACCUGUCCGCCUCAAUGAAGGACGGAGGAGCACACUGGGGGUCCUGUUCUAGUGCAGCAUUGGGGAGGGGAGGGGAGAUGGGAUGUCUUCUCCUCUCCCUCCCUCAUCCCCACCUCUGGAGAAAAGAGGGCUGCAGGACUGGGGGGGCUUAAAUGUAAGCUUUGACUCUACCUCGACCCUGUUUCUUCUUUUCUUCUCUGGCUUGUUGAUGAGAUGUGUUUUGGAGCAAAAGAAGGUUGUUGGGAGCAAAAGAAGGUUGUUUGGAGAAUGCAUUUGGGAUGAACGAGGACUGUCUCCCCACCUCCAGCCCCCCAUCUGGGGUGUCCCCCAGGCUGCUUUUCUAAGGAUGCUAGUCACAAUAGUCUUUAUUUUUGUGUCUGUGUGAAAGUGCCAGGAACCCUUCCCCACAUUUGUAGAUCCACAACUGUUUUUAUAAGCCGUGUGUGUCCUCUGUAGUAUUAUUAACUAUUUUUUAGCAUUUGCCUAUAAGUUAUUAAAGACUGAUGAUACUGUAGCUCUGACCUUGGUCUGGCAUUUUCUUACCCAGCCCCAGGAGUAGUCCCAGAUUUCUGUAUGGGUGGCAGGAAUGGGUGGGGGUAGUUUUAUCUUGAAGCUGAAUUUGCAAAGGAAACACGGGAUGGCUGGUGGAAAUUACAGAUGGAGUUGAAAUUGCCCUCUCCCAAGCUAUUACCUGAUUUCUGCAGGUUUUUUUGGGGGGUGUCCCUUCUUUCUCCUGCUUCCUCCCCCCUCCCCUCAUCCCCUGGCUCUUACUUGCCCCUCAUACCAGCUGGUCCUUGGGGACACUUUCCUAGGUUUAUAUAGGUAAGUCCUCAAGGAGCCAUUCUGUUCUCAUCCUCCCCCACUCCUGGGCACUCAGGCUGAUCUGUUUUUUUUUUCCACCUUGGGGGAUCCUGUGAAUAUGGAAAGUAAUUCCUUCCUGGCUUUCAGCCAUCUCCGUGUGCUGAAUCCUGCUGACCACAGCUCACUGGCCGCAGCGGCAGGGACUGGUGCUGGGGAGGUCUGGGCUGGAUUGAGCCAGCCCGGGCCUGGUGACUAAGCUGUGAGUUGUCCAGCUCUGGGAAUGGUGGCUGUUCCCACAAGAGGGGCUGUAAUAGUAGUCGCGGUUUGUGCCUGGUGGGAGUGUGGACUACUAGACAUCCACUCCCCACUCCAGGGGAGGAGGGGGAAGAUGUAGGCCACCAAUAGCGGUAAUAAGAAUAAUAUGCUAGGGGCACCUGGGUGGCUCGGUUGGUUAAGCGUCUGCCUUUAGCUCAGGUCAUGAUCUCAGGGUCUGGCAUCCAGCCCUGUCAUGGGCUCCCCGCUUAGCAGGGAGUCUGCUUCUCCCUCUCCCUUUGCUCCUCCCCCUGCUCAUGCUCUCUCUCUGAAAUAAAUACAAUCUUUAAAAAAAAAAAAAAAAAAAAAGAAUAAAAUGCUAAUGUUUUGAGGUCCAGAGGGCCUCUGCCCAGACUUUCAAGUCUGCCCCCUCCACCGACACCCAGGGCCGGCUGAGUCUGAGAUGAUGAAAAAUCAGAUCCUCCUAAUCUGGAUGGGGGUAGUGGGUAAAAACCAAGCACAAUUCUUUCCACCCCUCAGCCCCCCCUGUCCCUCCCCUACCCUUUGUGCAAACGUGGGAUCCAGAGCAGGUUCAGAGUCCCCACUCCAGAAUCGAAUAAAGGACCUUGGGAGGGAGAGAAGGUGCCGGCAAUCCUGUCCUGGGGGACUUCCUAAGGAACUUGCUUCUUCCUAGCUAGGGUCAGCAGAAGCUGAGUUUUGCUGUGGAGUCCGGGCUGAUUCAUAUUUGUCCCCCUUCAUGGCUGGCAGGAUGCGGGUAGGUAUGCAUCGAUCCGGAAGGGUGCCCGAGUGUGCGUCAGUGCAGGGCCUGCUUGACAGAGCUGCUGGGCUGGUUCUGCUGGGGACACAUGCUACCUGGCCCCCCUCUACGCACACUUGUGACUCAUCUCACUCAGUCCUCAGGGCAGAGUCCUCUUCUGCCCAGGAACAGGCUGGGGAGGACUUGGCUAGAAGGGCCUCUGUCCUGCUGGGAGAUCUUUCUUCCUCACUCCACCCCAAUAAUGCCCUUUUGUCUCAGAAUCUCCAAGGACAUGUUUUCUCCAUUUCUGGUCACCUGGGGGACUGAGGUCUCCAGAUUGGAAGAAGAGCACACCCCCUCCCCCUGCA